UGAGGUACCACUGUAUUUUGUUAUGUAAAUAUAAUGAAAUCAAAUUUAUUGUAUGCUCUUGUUUCAGAGCUCUCAAGUAUCUUACCUGCUUAUGAUGUGAAGCUUGGGCAUGGUGGAACUUUGGACUCUACAGCAACAGGAGUUAUAACGGUUGGUGUUGGGACAGGCUGCCAACAACUACAAUGUCUUCUACAUGGUGAGAAGAGUUACCUUGCAAAGUGUCAGCUGGGAGUUGCAACAGAUACUUACAAUGAAAAUGGCAAAAUCACUAUGAUGAAGCAGUUUGAGCAUGUUACUGAAGAUGCUCUGCAGGAAAGAUUACGUCAGUUCCAAGGGAGAAUAAAGCAGAUUCCACCUCCAUACUCUGCCUUAAAGUGUAAAGGAAGAAGAUAUUCAGAUUUAGCAAUGAAAGGAGUAAACUUCACUAUUGAACCUCGACUGGUGCACUGUUAUGAGCUGAAGUUAAAAAGUUUUGAACCUCCUUAUUUUACUGUAUCCGUCGACACAGGUCCAGGUUUCUAUGUUCGAAGCCUGAUUAAUGAUCUUGGCUUAGCUGUUGGAAGCUGUGCUCACGUGUGUGAACUGCAGCGUACCAAGCAAGGGCCCUUCACUCUUUAUCACUCAUUACAUAAAGAUCAAUGGACACUGAAAAAUGUUAUUCAGAAUAUUAUUAAAUUCAGAAAAACUAUUAAUAUCUAUUAUAGAAAUUUUGAACUUGAUAAAAAAGGAUCUGGAUGGUAGCCUAAGUCUCAUUGCUGCCUUAUUGCUUACUCCAAGAAAGUAUUUACAGGAGGGCCCAACUUAUUACAGCAAGUUAGAUUCUGGGCUACUGCUAUGUAGUGAAAAUCGCUGUAAAGUGAAACAUAGACUUUUUUCCACUUUCAAAUGCAUAUAAAAGCCUGAUAACAUGUUUACACUAUCAGUAAAGCUAGGCCUAAAAAAUGCCUAUAUAGUACAUACACUACUUACCUUAAAAUAUUUUCACCUUUAGCUUAUAGUGGGUGGUGAAUAUAUUUAUGGUGGGAUGUCUGAAUAAAUGAAGAAUGAGUAUAAUUGAGAACUGCUGCAUUAGCAAAAUCCCACAAAGCGAAGUGCUGUAAAGCAGCGGCUUUCUCUAUAUAUACUAUUUAUAUUUUUAAUGAAUAAAUAUGGUAUAUUUCAAGUUUGUAAAUUUCUAUUUUUAUUUGAUUUUGAAAUGACAGUUUGAAUACACUGAACAAAUAUUAAUAAAAUGUUCUUCAUUUCACAA